GUGCACAUUGACAAAUCCCGUUUUGAUCGCUGAUGGUGACACUUUUAUUUUGAAAUGUCCGCUCAGAUCUUCGUUCUUCGCUUCCUGUGAAAGCUGUGCAUCGACUGUUCUACAUUUAAGAGAUUCGCCUGGAUUUUAUAUAAGAAGACAUCUUUUGGGACAACGUACGUGAUGUUAACAAGGAAGGAUAAAGUCUCCGAGAGUGUUCGGCCUACCUUUGCACUGUACCAGAAGAGUCUCGUUGCUGUCUGGAGGAUGACCACAUAGGAAGCAGACAUUCAGUGUGGGCUAGAAAACUUGGAAGAGCUUUUAUUCAAGAUGAAUGUCUUACAAGGAAAAGAAAACAUACAAGGCAAAGAAGAACAGUAGAUGAAUUCACUGCAGAUGGAAAACGGGGACAACUGCUGUCUGAAGAACAAAGAAAAAAAGAUGGAUGCCAACAAAGUAUGGCAGUGGCGCAUUAUGUGUGUAGACAAAAAUUCAAGGCAUCCAGAACCUUUCCAUUGCAGCAAUAGAAUUGGAUUGGAUUUUAAUGUAGCAUCCAACAACCAUCAAAAACUGGAUAUAGGUUUAGUGACAAAUGGGGUCAUACUUGAGGUCUGUGACUUUGCUAAAACAGUAAACAAGAGUAAAAGGCAUUUUUUCACAAACAUUUUAGAGAACAAUUUCAAUCUUGAUUUGGAAAAUGAUCAACAGCGGAUUGAUUUUACAUCUCGAAUUAUGCACAAAGUUAAAAACUUGAUUAGGAAACCUCCUAAAGAUAAAAAUGAAGUUUUCACUCUCUUUGACACACCAUGUAAUCCAGAAUGCUCGAGCAGCAAUGAACCGAACAUGGCAUCCACAAAGCAUAAGACUGAAAGUAUCCUGGUGGAGACGGAUGACACUGAUGAUUGGGAACAUGAAGAUGAAUUAAAGUGUUCACAAGCAACAUCCAAAGAUUGCAUUAAGGCAGAAAGUCUCUUGGAAGUGAUGGAUAGGGCACAAAGUGAUGACAGUGACUAUGAAGAUGAAUUAAAGUUUUCAGAAGCACAGUCAGCAGAGAAACAAAAAGAUGAUGAUUUUUCCAAGUUGUUUCCCUUUUGUGAGAAAAUUGGUCUGAACCUUGAUUUUGGGUCAAAACAAAGUCUAGAGCCAGGUUUGCUGACAAAGGGCAUAAUGUUAGAGUUAAUUCACUUCACCAGAAUUCUCACUGCAUCCUACAGCCCUAUUGUUCUGGAUGUUUUGGAGCACAAUUUUGAACUUGAUCUAAAAAGUCAACAAGAAAAAAGUCGAGCUUUGUUCAAGAUAUCGCACUUGCUGAAGAAAAGAACGAGAUUUCUCAACAUUGGUACCAAAAUAAGCCCAGAGUUUCAAACUGAGCCGUUUUCAUUCCAGACAAAUCCCUUCAAAAGACACAGAGAAACAGCUCUGUCUGAUAUGGAAGCUCCGCAAUAUCAGUUUAAGGAAGUGACAAAAAGAAGGCAGUCUGAUUUAAAAAGUAAACAGGCAAUCAAAAGGCGCAAAAGAGACAUGGAAACAAACACACUCUCUUAUCACACUCAUUUGUAUAGCACUACUACAGCAGAGGGAGAUCAUUGUCACACUUGUCCUGUAGGAAAGUCUGAUUCAGACUCAGACUCUGGCAAAAAAUGUGACAUGGAACAAGAAGUAAUGGUAACAGAGGGAAACUGUUCUUAUCUCCUGGGAUCAUCUCAACUAAUCUUGGACAAAGCCACAGAUUCAGGAAACGUUUGCCCCAAAAGUUCUCUGGGCUUUGACAUUCCUAGAAAACCAGAAUCAAACUGUCUUCAUGUUUCUUUCCUCAACACCAAUUACAUUGUAUCCACUUUACCAACUGAUAACUUAAAUGUGAUUCCACCACUUGCGACAUACAGUCAACAUAAUGAAGGAGGGCAUUGUGGAGUUGAGGAGAAAUCUCAGACACCAAUAAAUGUUCCAAACAAGUCAGACAUGGAACAAGAAGAAAUGGAAACAGAGCACAACUUGUGGAAGUUGCGUGCUAACCGUGCAAGAAAGAUCCUCUCAACAUUUGGUCCAUUCUACAUGUCAAAGAAAUAUGGCCUUGAAUUCAAUGUUGGAUUUGGUGCAAAGAAGAACCGCAGUGUUGACAACUUGCGUGACACUCAUCUGCUCGAAGUUGCUAAAUUUGCCAUAGCAAUGAAUUCAUCCAAGCAGGAUUUCAUCAUGGAGAUUCUUGAGCACAACUUUGACUUCGGCCUGCAAAGUGAAUACCAGCAAAAUAUAUUCACAUUGGAAAUUAUGAAUCGAAUGAGAGAGCUGGAAAAUUGUGAAGAUGCAAUUAAAUUCUCAAAUGACGUUUUUGAACUUCCUGUUCGUCCUUAUAUGGGCAAUGUAAAACAUCAACUCGGCAACAUAAUGAAAAUAGAGUGCAAGUUUUCUCCACUGCUCCCACCUCAUUCUCAAGUUAACACUUCAGAACAUAUUUCACAGAAAAGUGUGGAUCUUUAUCCUUUCUGCCAGGAAAUAGGUCUGAAGCUAAAUGUUAACAAUCAUCUACCAAAAAAACUGGACAUCAAAAAACUCUCCAAUGGAUCCAUUACUGAAGUGACAAACUUUGCAGAAAAGUUGUGCGGAACAUUUGAGCAGACAUGUCUUGACAUCCUCAGACACAACUUUUCCUUUGAUUUUCAAAGUGAAGAUUCUGACCUUGCCAGAAAUAUUCUUGCACGGAUUCCUUUUCUAGUGGAGAAGCAGAAUCUAUCAAAUUGUGUAAUCCAUGGAACGGACACAAGAAAAGACUCGUCAAUAAUGGUCAAACUGGAUUGCCAGAGUAACCAAAAGGUAGAUGCAUGUAAAGCUGAUUCUCUUCAGACUGUGAAGAUAGACCAACAGGUCGGCAGAUCUACUGAUUUCGGACAGCAAGAUGAGCUGAAUUUAAAGCUGUGGAAAUGUCGGUCUAAUCAGAUUGAGCAAGUCCUCUCAGUACCUCAUGAAGAACAUUGCCCACUUUAUUCUUUCUCUAGAUGCAAGAAGUUAGGAAUUGAUUUCAAUGUAGGAUCUGGAUUCAAACAAAAUCUUGAUCCAGAAUUGUUGACCAAUGGCAUCAUGGUUGAAUUAAACACAUUUGCUGCAACACUAAUAUCAGCACAAAAGCACUUCAUCACAGAGAUACUGGAGUAUAAUUGUGAUCUUGAUUUAAGGAAUGAGCUGCAUCGCAGUGCCUUCACCCAUCAAGUAUGGAGAAAAAUGAACGCAUUACAUUUGAAGAAGAUGUAUUCUAGCGAUCAUCGGAAAAAAAAGCUUUUUGAACUGCCUGACUUGAUGUGCUUACAAAAUCCUACAAAAUAUUGCCCCAAAUGCCUCCAAGAAAGAAGUCAUAAGCUUUCUCAGGAUGACUCUGACCCUAGUCACAUGCAUCAUCUUCAUCCACUAACAAUGGCGGACAUAGUCUCUGGUGACGCAAACUGCACCGAACAAAGGACUGCAAGGGAUCAGUCCUCUACCUUCUCAGGAAGAGAGGAAACGAUAAUGGCCAAAUACCCUUCUUGCAAGGAAAUUGGUUUUAUCCUGUUUGUGGACAAAGACAAACCAAAAAAUAAAUUUGACACAAAUGUAUUGACAAACGAGAUUAUUCAUGAAGUGGCCAGAUUCACCAAAAAACUGUGUGGGACUAAAAAUGGCAUCAUUAAAGAUGUCCUUGAACACAACUUCAACAUGGGCAUGCAGUGGAGACAUUUUUCUCCUGCGAUGCAUUUCCAAAGACUGACGCCAGACUGGUUCAAUGAAGUUUAUGUUAUUCGUCAGUAUGCCCGCAAACAGGAAACUACUCGCAAGAAAAGAAAGCUUGCACUGCAAACAAAGAAAACAAGAGCAAAAAACUACAGUUGUCCUCUCGGAGAGUCUGAUCUAGACUCAGACGAAAUGACAGAUUCAGAAAACCUAGGCAUUCAGAAAGAAAUGGAAACAGAGAACUCAAACCUUAACCCACCCUUUGCUAAUCAACCAAUGGAAAGAGGGUGUUUUGGAGUUGAAGUGCAAACACAAACUUCAAGAAAUACACCAAACAAAUGUGACAUGAAACAAGAAGAAAUGGAAACAGAGCACAACUUGUGGAAGUUGCGUGCUAACCGUGCAAGAAAAAUCCUCUCAACAUUUGGUCCAUUAUACAACUCAAGGAAAGUUGCCCUUGAAUUCAAUGUUGGAUUUAGUGCAAAGAAGAACAUCAGUGUUGAUAACUUGCGUGACAAUCAUCUGCUCGAAGUUGCUAAAUUUGCCAUAGCAAUGAAUUCAUCCAAGCAGGAUUUCAUCAUGGAGAUUCUUGAGCACAACUUUGACUUCGGCCUGCAAAGAAUGAGCUGCAUCGCAGGGCCUUCACCCAUCAAGUAUGGAGAAGAAUGA